AUGCUGUCUAGAGAGCACGCAACUGAGAAGGGACUGAACAGGGAGUGUUUACUCAAGAUCAUCUCCAAUUUGAAGUUUUUAGCCAGACAGGGAUUACCGGUUCGAGGAGAUGGGGAUGAGACUGACUCUAACUUUAUUCAGUUACUGAAGUUACGUGGUCAAGAUGAUCCUCUACUAAAAUGCUGGCUGACUAGAAAGUCAAGCAAAUACGUAUCUCAUGACAUGCAAAAUGAGUUCAUAAAAUUCAUGGCAUUGUCUAUUCUUCGAGAAAUAGCUGAAUGUAUCCAGAAGUCUACAUUUUUCUCCGUCAUGUGUGACGAAUGCACAGACUCAUCCAACAGAGAGCAGCUGGUAUGUACCAGAUUGAUGACAUCUCAGCACAUACCAUUGUCGGUGUUAUCAGAGAUAUAUAUGCUGGUGCGCAUGAACUUCUCACUGUCAAGAUGCCGAGGGCAAUGCUAUGAUGGUGCUGCCAACAUGAAGGGUGGGAAUACCGGUGUUGCAAAGCAGCUAUUGGAUGAAGAACCCCGAGCUUUAUACACCCAUUGUUAUGGGCACGCGUUGAACUUGGCUGUUGAGGAUGCUGGUAAAACAUUGCAAAGUGAUGAAGGAUGCACUGGACACCACUAUGAAGUCUCAAAGCUUGUGAAGUACUCUCCAAAAAGGGAUACUGCUUUGCAAAAGUUGAAGGAAAGUCUUGCCCAGACACCCCUGGAGCUUUGGGAGAUGUCCAAAGACUAUGUAUCUGAUCCUGCUAUCAAGGGCUGCAUCAUUGGCGUUCAGUUCCAGUUUAAAACGUUUCGAUAUUUGUUUGGGGUUGCUUUAGGACAACUAAUUCUGAGGCAUGGUGAUAACUUGAGCAAGACCCUACAAUCACCCAAGUUGUCUGCUGCUGAGGGUCAACGGAUAGCUUUGAUGACUGUUGCAACUCUGCACUUGCUCAGAGAUGACACACAGUUCGAUCUUUUCUGGAAGAGUCUUCAAGAGACAAGGACUAAAUUAGAUGUUGAUGACCCUGUUCUGCCCAGAAAGAGGAAAGUUCCAAGGCGAUAUGAGGAGGGCAGUGCUGAACCUGAGUUUUUCGAUGUUUGCAAGCAAUUUUAUUGCCAGCAAUAUUACGAAGCACUCGAUUUAAUUGUGAAUGCUAUUCAAGCCAGGGAAUGCCUCAACCAUGUCACUUCAUUGUAUCAUGACGAUUUAGAUGCUCAACAACUGCAGCUUCAUUUUGAAAUUUUGCAAGCCAACUUUGGUCUCGUAGACAAGACUUCUGUGACAGUGUGUGAUAUUAAGUACUACGUCUUGAGUUUAUCUCCUUACGAAAGGUAUUUGAUGUCAGAAUUAGUCACCAUCCUUAAACUCAUUUCGGUCCUGCCUACUAACGCCGUCAGUGAGAGGUCAUUUAGUGUCCUCAAGAUAUUGAAAACGUACCUUAGGAGUACAAUGAAGCAGGAUAGAUAA